GUCCAGCGCCAACAUUGGCCAAAAGCUCGAGCUGCGAAGCGGGCGCGGCCGGUCCCCCUGGUGGCAGCCCAGCACGCUGGUAGCUGCCGGUCGCACCGCUGGAUCGGCACGCAUAAAUUGUUGCUGCCGGAGCGCCGCGGGAGAGGCCUUGGGGCAGCCAGAGGCUGGGCAGGCUGGGGCAGCCCAUCGCGCGUGCGUGCGCCGUCGCUCUCGCGGGCACUGAUCGCCGUCGACGCGUCGACGGCGUCGCAUUGAGCAGCCAUGGCCUCGGCGAUGAUGCAGGGCCUCAUGAAGGCCGGCAAGAACACCGCGGGCGGGUUCGCGCGGGGGGCGGCGCCCCAGGAUAAGAAGCGCGUCGUGCCGCUGAACGAAUUGCCCGCGGAGGGCGAUGAGGCCACAUCAAAGGAUGAGGCCGCGUCGCCGUCUAGACGCACCUCCGCGUCCGAGCGCGCCAUGGAGGCGGCCCGACGAAGCACCAUCAUCAAGCGCGAGAGCGCCAAGACCUUCGUGGUCAAAAUCCACAACAAGGAACUCGGUCCUUCGAAUGACGACAACCCGGACGAAGCGAUAAAAUGCGUCGUAAGGCAUAGGCAAUCACAAAGAGAGAUCUUCGGCUUCGAUGGACUGGAGGAGAGGAUGGCCGAAAUCCAAGCCACGCGCGGCAAACCCCGUGCCAAAAAGGAGGACGACUCUGCUCCCACAGAAGUGGAUGAAGAUGAAUUAGAUCCGAAGCUGCCCUUCCCGAUGAUCCACCCGACGGCGGACUGGAAGAUCUACUGGGAUUUGUGGAUCUCGGCGUGCAUUAUCUGGUCGACGCUGACCGUACCCUUCAGUAUCGGGUUCCGGACGGCUUAUAGUACAAGAUGUGUCCCUGGAGUGUUCUUCAUCGAUAGCACGGUGGACAUUUCUUUCGUCAUCGACGUUUGUAUGGUCUUUAUUACCGCGUACCGGGACCCGCUCACGACGCGACUCGUGCACGACAAAAAACAAAUAGCUAACCGCUACAUGUGCAAAUCACCAGCAUUCCUCAUCGACUUCUUCUCGACGUUCCCGUUUGAUAUUGUGACGUCCGGGGGCUGCAACCUGACCGCUAAAUGCCAGCAGGUCUGUGAUACGGUUAAUAUUGGAGUGCCUCCUAGAAUCUUCAAGCUAUUACGUAUUGUGCGCUUGGCCAAGCUCGCAAAAUUAGCCAAGCUCCUGAAGCUGAAGAACAGCAAGGGCAAAGACGACGAUUCAGCCGUGAACAGCACGGGACCGUCCGUGAAGGCCUCGAUAGCUUUGCUGUUAGUGCAGAUGUUUUAUGUCGCUCAUUGGGUGGCUUGUUUCAGGCAUUUCCAGACCCUGGCGCCGACGUACGCCGGUGCUCUUGGCUUGGAGGACGACGAGUCACCAGACGCGGAUAGUGGAAAUGGCCACCUCAAUUAUUAUAUCGACGACGACUGGGACCAUCGGUACGGGGGCGACGACGGCGCGCCCUUUGAAGGUCCUCAUUUCAGUAAACGGCGGCCGGCGGGCCUGAAUUUUAGAUUGAACAACUCAACGCAAGGGCAAGUCUGGAACUGGCGCACGAAGAUGGAGGCGGCGCGCGGCGAAAAGUACGCGAGGAAAAGCCAUGCGUAUCUCCUAUCGUUGUACUGGGCCUUCACGACGAUGACGACGGUCGGGUACGGCGACAUUCCCGUGGUCGGUGCCGCGGAGCGAGGCUUUGCGAUCGUCGUGAUGAUUAUUGGGGGGGCCUUUUUUGGGUAUAUCAUGGGCACGAUCACCUCGCUCAUGGAAAGUGUCAAUGGCGAGGGCGCCGUGUUGUAUCGAGCCAAGGUCGACCAGGUCAAGGGCUAUGUUUAUGAUAGGCAGUACCCCGAGGCACUUUCCAAAAGAAUCGUGAGGGACGUCAAGUGGUGUUAUUCGAAGCACACGAAUUUUGAUCAACAUAGACUAUAUGACAUGAUGCCUGCCGGGGCGCGGAUGGACAUGAUCCAAGUACGACAUGCGAAACUCCUCAAGAAGAUCCCCUGGUUAAAUACCGCCACUCGUCGGUUCACGAUCAUGCUCGUGCCGGACAUGCUGCCUUUGCGGUUGAGCGAGGCGGAGUUUUUGUUCUUUGAGGGCGAGAUCGCGACGCACUUAUUCUGCGUCUAUUCUGGCGGUGCGAAUGAUGGUGACGAAGCGACACCCUGCCUCGUCUGUAAAACAAGAGGAGAUAAAGACCCUCAGCAGAUCAAUGAAGUACGAACAUACAAGGAGGGCGAUUUGAUCGGCCCCGCGGCGUUAUUACUAACGACCACCCAAACGACAUGUGUGUAUGCUUCACAUGACACGGAGCUCUACAUGUGCACGAAGGAGCUGUUGAUCGAAGCGCUGAACGAGUUCCCCGACAUCCACCGGCGCCUGCAUCGCCAGGCCCUGCACGAGCAGGCCGAGGUCGACGCCGCGAGCGCCGGGCAAGACGCAAAGGACGCGCCGCGGGCGCCGUUCCUACGACGCUCUUCGUCGAUGUACUCGGAACAGUCCCUCGAACCGCCCGAGGGCUACGAUCGGACCGACUCGCCGCCGCCGGAAAAGGAGGAGGAGGACGAGGUCGCCGUGUCCCAGAAGAAAUCAAGGUUGGCCGCGUUCCGGGCGGCGGGGCGGCUCGUGGGCAUGGGCGCCCGGGCGAAGUCGGCGCGGCAGGCGGCGGCGGGGUCGGCGGCGGCCACGGUGACGCCCACGUCGAAAUUGAAGGGCAUGUUCGGCGGCGCCGCGGCGGGCGCUUCGAAGCCCGCGGCGCCGGCGUCGCCGGCCAUGAAGAAGCUGAGCGGUUUAUUUGGUAAGGCCGCUCCGUCGCCGAAAACGCCAUCCCCGAAGGCGUCAUUAAGGGCCUACUCCAUCGCCGCCAUGUUCUCCCGGAGGAACAAGGAGGAGCCCAAGCUGCUCCCGGCGAACGUCACGUGGAAGGAGUUGUGGAAGACCAAAAGAAUUUUCCACCCCGAGGCGCCCUAUAAAAUAGCCUGGGAUUUAUUUGUGGCGAUGCUGAUCGUGCUCAGUGUAUUGAUAGCGACCUAUAGGUUGGGUUUCGAGGUCGAGUUGGGCAACGGCAACGAGAACUCGCUGGGUUACUCCGACUGCGACGGCGGCGGCAAGGGGUGUUCCGACGCGGGCAAGUGGUCCUUCCUGGACGAUGUCAUCGACGCGUUGUUCGGCUUGGAUUUGCUAUUUAGCUUCAAUUCGGCCUACCAGAACAAGCAAUUGAAAAUAGUCCACAACCGAAAGAUGAUUGUGAAAUCAUACCUUAAAGGCUGGUUCGGCAUCGACUUUGUUUCUACGAUACCAUUGCGGCAUUUGGCGAGCGGUGUGCCCGGUCUAGGUGCUCUCAAAAUGCUCAAAGCUUUAAGAUUGAUAAGAUUGGUCAAAAUUGCAAGAGUACUCAAAUUGGACGGCGUGGUGAACGUCUUGGAGGACAACUGCGGCGUGAACCCUACCAUCUUCAAGGUGAUCAUGCCGUUACUGUUGGUGUGCUUCUCGGCCCAUUUACUGGCCUGUGGCUUCUUCUACACGGGAGCUACGUUCAGUAGAGUGAAAUGCACCUACAGCAAAAGUAGGGACUGGGCCACCUUCCCCCUGAAGCCCGAGGAACGGGCCGGGAGCUGGCUCGACACGACGUGCGUCUACAAGGACUACUGUAGCAACCAAAAAAUGUUCGCCAAGCCUGAUGAUUGCGACAAAAUUUACGGAAGGCGGAAGUGGUCGAAGGAGCACCCCUGGCAGUGUUCCGUCUAUGGAUGCGACAAGCCCAAGAAGCAGCGCGAGGACAACUGCUGGGUCACGCCGAAGCCCGAAGAUGUCGGGAACAUGUGCUGGCCCGACGAUACGACGCCGGCGCCCACCACGGCUACGAUCGCGCCUACCUUAUCCUCAAAUGACCCUUCAGAAUUCGUAUGUAAUGGCUGCGCCCCGGCGAAGAGCGUGCGGCAAGCGCGACGAACCACCCAAUACAUCACGUCGAUCUACUGGGCCUUUACGACGAUGACGACGGUCGGCUAUGGCGACGUGUAUCCCUCGUCAGAACACAUGGCCGGCAUGGUCUAUUGCAUCAUCGCGCAAGUUCUCGGGACGAUGCUCUUCGCGUACGUGAUCGGCGUGGUGGUGGACAUCAUCAUGAACCUGGAUCCCAUCGGCGCGCAGCAACAGGCGGAAAAGGAUAUAGUAAGAGGCUUUAUUAAAGAGCGGCAACUCCCGAAACCUUUAGCCGACGCGAUCAUCCACAACCACCACUGGAACCAGCUGUUUUCCGGGGUGUUUGAUGAACCUAUGUUACUUGGCGUUUUAACACCACAUAUGCGCAACUUAUGUUAUGCGUUCGCCCACAAGGAGACGCUGGGCAAGACGCCCACUCUCUUAUACUGCGAGCACGAGAUCCGCGGGGCCCUGUCGGUCGUGGUCGGCAAACUGUCCGCAGCGGGCUUCGCGGCGAACCAGGAGGUCAACUCGCCCCGGAAAAGGUGUCGCGAGUUCCACAUGAUCCAGCAGGGUGAGGUCCUCGUGCAGGUCGGGCCCGCGAACGAAUCGACGGCGUUCAUGCCCGAGGUAAGCGAGGCGCCGGCGCCCGCUCCUGAUGAUGAAAAGGCGGGAGGCGAAAUUCUGGAUACGUUGAAUGCGAGAGACCAGUUCGGCUUCCCCACGUUGUUGGUUGAUGACUUCAAGCUCAAAGUACGAGUCGUGACCACAGCGGUGACGCACACGCUCUACCUGACGCGGGACGCCUUAGAUGACAUCGCGGCGGCCUACGUCGUCGUGGCGAACUACAUCGAGGGCUGCGCCGUGACGCGAGAGGAGUUCGACAAGUGGGUCGAGGUCGAGGGCGACGCGCAGACGGCGGCGCAUAAAAGGUUGGCGGACCUCGACGAACUGCGGGCGGACAUCAAGCGGCAGCAGGACGCCGCGCAGCGCCAGGCCGAGGAGGCGAAGGCGCGGAUCGAGGGGCGCGAGCGGCGGGCCGCGGCGCUCGCGCGGCGCGGAACGGUCGUCUCGCUGAGCGAGCAGUCGGCGCGCGUGGUGCCGGAGGAGGGCGCGGCCGAGGCGAAGGGCGAUACGUAGUAUUUGCGCUCGUAAUUUAUUAGAUAUGGUA